CUGGGGACAGAAGGAUGCUCACUCUUCUCCUCUUUGGAUCUGAACAAGGACAUGUAUAUCAGCCCUGAAGAGUUCAAGUCUGAUGCUAAGAAACUGAUAGCAGCCACAUCCAUUACCAUCCUUGAAGAAGAAGUGUCUCAGAUGAAAUCAUUUGACUUCAAUGAGGAGAAAUUUGUUAUGAUGGCCAGAUUCCAGCCUCUACUCUCAGAAACUAUGUCCAAGAGCAAAAAUGGAUUCCUGGGGGUUUCUAAUUUCACCCUGUCUGGACUUAGAAAUUGGAUUGUCCCUGACAAAGUGCUCCGCAUGUUCUCAGCCCGACAGUUCCACAUCUUCCUGCCACCGAAGGAAGAUCUGAAGCUGGGUGAACCCUGGUGGAUUAUCUUCAAGGAGUUAAGAGAACAGCUCCCUUCCAAUCGCUUCUAUCCACCAAUGUCCAAAAAAAAAGAGGACUUGAUCUAUAAACUUUUGAGCAUGUUCCACCCAAGGCUGUUUGUGAAGACUCGCUUUGGCCCUCAGGGUGCAGUGGCCUGCCUUAUGGCCACCAGUGAAUUCUACUACACUGUUGCCUUCAGGAUCCAUGCUGAGUUCCAGCUUAAUGAACCACCCCUCUUGCCCUUCUGGUUCUCUCCAGGACAGUUCACUGGACAUGUCAUUCUCUCCAAAGAUUCAUCCCAUGUCCAUGUCUUCAGGCUCUUCGUGCCCAAUCACAAGCCUUUGAAUGUGGAAAUGGAAUGGCUUUACAAGGAUGAAGAAAAUGGCAGCUUCAGUAGUGAUUUGGACAUGGACAUUGGCUACCUUCCUCAGAUGGAACUGGAGUCCUGGGGACCUUCGGUCCCAACUGAAAUAUACCAAAAGGGCAAAGUAAUCUACAGAAGACUUUGUGAGCAGUCCAGCCAGUUUGAGGACAUUGUAUGGCAGCAGGAGAUAAGCUGGGAGAAGGCAGUCCAGCAGCUAGAAGUUGCCAUGUAUCCUUUCUUGAAGGUCACUUACCUGCCUUUUGCUGAAGCAUUCAAACAAGCCAAAGCUGAAAACAAGCUGGUACACUUCAUCUUGCUCUGGGGAUCCCUGGAUGAUCAAUCCUGCUUUGGUCCUGGGCAGGGUCUUCGAGACAUAAUCCUGGGAAAUUCUCACAUCCUCACACUUCUCAAGAACAGUUUUAUCAGCAGCUGGUCUCAGGUGCAUGAACUUAAUGAAAUUCAGAACAACCAUAAUAAUGAAUCUCACAAGAAGCUGGCUCAACUACUCCUGGAGAAAUAUGACUCCCAUGUGAAGAUGCUUCUUUGCCUGCCCAAUGGGACGGUGGUCCAUGACUUAAGUGUUGAUGAUCUGUCCAAAGCCUCAGAGGAAAUCGGUAGCAAUGACACCGGCUGUCCCUCGAACUCUUUUGUUCACCCUGUAACCAUAUAUGAAGAGUUCCUGCAGGAAGGACUUUUUCGAGCUCAGUCCUUUCUUCAUCUCUAA